ACAUAGCGCCUGUGACGCACACACAGACACAGAGGAGGCAAUUAAUGGAGAUGGAGAUGGAGGAGAAGAGAGUAUGCGUGACGGGUGCCGGAGUCUUCCUGGGGUCGUGGAUAGUCAAGCUUCUCCUCUCUAAGGGCUAUAUUGUCCGCGGAACUGUUCGAGAACCCGGGCACAAGAAGUAUGCUCACUUGAGCAAGCUCGAAAGAGCAUCUGACAACCUUAAGCUCUUCAAGGCCGAUUUGUUGGACUAUGACUCUCUCUGUUCAGCCAUAGCCGGAUGUCCUGGCGUCAUCCACGUCGCCUGCCCCGUCCCUACUUCACCUCUCGUCAAUCCAGAGGUAGAAAUGCUUGAACCAGCCAUAAAGGGGACGCUCAAUGUUCUCAGGGCGUGCUCCGAAGCUAAAGUUAAGCGGGUUGUCUACAUUUCUUCUAUUGCUGCCGUGAUGUUGAACCCAAAGUGGCCCAAGGAUCGCGUGAAGGACGAGACUUGCUGGUCUGACAAAGAAUACUGCAGGGCCGCUGGGAACUGGUAUAUGCUCGCCAAGACAGAAGCAGAAAGCCUUGCUUUCGAAUUCGGGAAGGAAAACGGACUGGAUAUUGUUGCAGUUAAUCCAGGGUAUGUAUUUGGGCCGGUUCUGCAACCUACAUUGAACUUCAGCAGCUUGCUCCUCUUACAGUUUGUGAAGGGCACGUAUAUCACGAUUGAACAAGGUGAAGGGGAUUCUAUUCCCAACAAGAUCUGGAAUAUAGUGGACGUACGAGAUGUUGCUGAUGCUGUCUUAUUGGCAUACGAGAAACCCGAGGCAAAAGGCCGAUAUAUAUGCGUGUCAGACAACAUCACUACCGAAGAUUUGGUGAAAAAGCUAAAGAGCCUGUAUCCGGAUUUCAGUUACUUGCACAAUUUUGUUGAGAGUCGACACAACUUCCUGAUGACCUCCGAGAAGCUGCAGAAGCUGGGCUGGACUUACAGGCCGCUCGAGGAAGUGCUCGUGGACUCAAUUGAGAACUACCAAGAAGCAGCACUGCUCGAUUAGGUAUAUGGAAGUUCUCUGGUCCACUGCGAAGUUCCACAACUUCUUUUGCUGUUCUGUCAUUUGCAUUGCACUGACAAUAAAGACAGUUCAAAUGUUCUUAUGUUAGACUGUCCGAUUGCAGUCGAUUUUGGUGAUUCUUCAUCAAUUAUGUUUCAAAAAAUCAAUUGAAGACAGUAGGACGAUAAAGUUUCAGUUUCAAAAGGCAAACUAUUGAGCAUCAAAA